AUGAAGCAAGAUAGGCUAUGGAUUAAGUGGAUCCAUGCCUAUUAUAUCAAGCAGAAUAACAUGUUUACUAUGUCCAUUCCUGCUAGGCUCUCUUGGGCUCUAAAGAAAAUUUGGGCUAGUAGGGACGUAUUAAUUGCUCAUCAAACUCAGCAAGCUUCAGGUGAGCAAUUCUCUAUCAAAAAGAUGUAUCAGGCAAUGAGGAGUGAUCAACCUAUUGUUCAGUGGAAAAGAAUUUCUUGUGAUAAUAAGGCUAGUCCUAAGGCCUUAUUUAUCACUUGGCUGCUGCUUCAAGACAGAUUGUCCACUAAAAGUAGGCUUUGUGAGUGGGGAUUAUUGGAAGACAGUACUUGUGUUUUAUGCUCUAAUGCUAGUGAAACUAGUUCUCAUCUAUUCUUUGAGUGUCCAGUUUCCAAGCAAUUGUGGAGAAUGUGCUUACAGCAGAUUAGUAUGGCUAAUCAGCCUCGAUUACUAGCAGGAGAUGUUCAAGCUAUUGCUGAUGCGGCUAAGAAGAAGAAUCCUCAGCACCAACUGUUAUUGAUGCUAUAUGCAGAAACAGUAUACCAUAUAUGGCAACAGCGUAAUCAAGUUGUUUUUGGGAAGGAUUGUAUGUCCUCUAGGCACAGCUUUAAACAGAUUGUUUUUAAGGUUGCGUGUAGAUGUAAUGAUGUGAUUAGACAAAUGCUUCUUGUAUGA